AUGAAUUUGAAGCUCUCGUUCAUUGGAGCAGAUCUCGGAAACACAAAUGCUCAGACCUGGGUCCCCAAUGCGCUUGCCUUGGUGCAAGCGGUGAUCGGGCCAGUCAUAUCAUCUGCUUCAGACAUCUUCCAGGUCCGAAAACCUAUUCUCGUGGCGUCCUGCGCAAUUGCUCUUAUAGGCUCUGCAAUUGCUCCUGGUGCUACAGAUAUCUACAGGUUGAUCGGCGCACAAGCUUUGAUUGGAGUUGGGCUCGCUGCUGUGCCUUUGAGCUAUGUGGUGCCCAGCGAGAUACUGCCCAGAAAGUGGAGACCUAUGGCUCAAGCAUCCACGGGCGUCGUUGCCGCCAUCACCGCAAUGGCUGGACCGUUAGCAGCUGGCGCACUUACAAGACGCAACAGCCAUACUGGGUGGCGAUUGUUCUACUGGAUCAUGUUCGCGAUUUGGGGAGCGGCUGCAGUAGGCAUCUUCUUCGGUUAUCGGCCACCAAAGAGGCACACACGCUUGGAUCAUUUAUCGUUCUGGCAAAAGCUUGGUCACCUCGACCUUCCUGGCUUUGGGCUUUUAACUGCAGGAUUGACACUCUUCUCGGUUGGUCUUAGUCUGGGUGGCGGUCUCUACCCAUGGGCUAAUGCUCACACAUUGGCCACCUUGAUCGUCGGCUUCUGCAUUCUAGUGGGCUUUGGUGUCUACGAAUGGAAAGGCACAAAGAACGGUAUACUUAGCCAUGAGCUAUUUCGUGGAGGAAAGAAUAAGGGGAGAGUCUUUGCAAUCUGCAAUGGAUUGAUGGUCAUCGAAGCAAUCCUCGGAUUCCCUUUUAUUAUCUUCUAUUCGGUGGUUACGACUGCUCUCUUCACGAGGGACCCUUUCAUGGCGGCUGUACGCCUCUUGCCGUUCUGGGGUUUCUUCCUCCUCAGCUGCCCAGUAUGGGGUUUGUUGAGUACAAAAUUUCGAACGAUUCGAGAGCCUCUGUUCCUUGGAUUUCUCUUAUUUACUGCCGGGAAUAUUGGCAUGGCGACAUUAGAACCAGGAGACAACGCUAGUCAACUUGCUUUUGCCGGGUUGGCAGGUAUAGGAUUCGGAUCUCCGUUGAUUUUGAUUAUCGCGGGCGUCCAAUUAUCCACACCCCAUCAACUGAUCGCUACCGCCACAGCAGUCACGAACUCUGCUCGUGCAGUAGGGGGUACAAUUUUCACUGCUGCGUAUACUUCAGCUCUAUCGAACUCCCUCUCCACGAAGAUCCCGACCUACAUAACUGAAGCAGCUGCCAAAGCUGGUCUUCCGAGCAGCUCAAUCGCGGCAUUUGUUGGUGCGGUGGCCAGUGGAAAUGAACUGGCUUUCAUUGACAUCCCGGGAGUGAGCCCAUCAAUUAUCCAGCAAGGCUUCCUGGCACUUGAACAAGCAUAUGCAGACUCACUUCGCCUGAUCUAUAUCAUUGCGGCUCCGUUCGGCAUCGUUGCAUGUAUACUUUGCUUGUUCCUCGGCGAUUUGAAUAAGACGAUGACUUACAGGGUUGAUGCUCCGGUCGAGGACUUGCACGCCAAGCUUCGUUAA